UGGAAGCGUUUCCAGGGUUCUUGAUCCUUCGAGGCCCUCGAAAUCGCUUCGCAUGUCGUUAGGAUCGGUUCGCAUUCUUCGAAUUGAAUGAAAAACAAAGCGAACCGGAGCUUCAUGUUUCGCUCAGGAAUUUUACCAUUUGUUUGGAGAUCAUAUCAGACAAAUGGGGCUGAAGUUUUCGAAGCAGAGCCAUGGGAGGGCCGAGAAUGUGACCUUAACUCAUGCCCACCAGCAAGUGAUAAACUAUCUUAUCACAAACUUCUUUGUACGUAACUUGGUGUCUAAGAAAAGAAGGCGACUACUUGUUGGAGGCUAUGAUCUUGACAUGUCAUACAUUACCGAUCGCGUAUUGGCAAUGUCGUUCCCUGCAGAACGUAUGCGAGCGGUGUACCGAAAUCCUCUCUGGCAGGUUAAGUCAGUGCUGGACAUGAGACACCAGGGACACUACAAGAUCUAUAACCUUUGCAUUGAAGAAGCUUAUGAUCCGUUGCAUUUUUAUGGUCGUGUGGAGACAUAUCCUUUCGACGACAACCAUGUUCCCCCACUUCAAAUGGUCAAACAGUUCUGCGAGAGUGUGCAUACAUGGCUAUCUCGUGAUCCAAAAAAUGUUGCGGUGGUGCAUUGCAUGGCAGGUAAGGGUCGGACAGGGUUAAUGGUGUGCACCUACCUUGUUUAUAUUGGUCUGUCUGCUGAGGAAGCUCUUCAGCUGUACGCGCAAAAACGAACGACCAACAAUGAAGGAGUAUCAAUACCUAGCCAGCGUAGAUAUGUUGGUUACUGGGAUAACUCACUCGUGUUUCCCAAAGGAGUCGGUGCUGGACCUCCCAACGUGAACUUGCCUCAUCCAUGUACUAGGGCAUUGCGGCGAAUCAGACUCUAUGACACUGUCAACACCGAAUCAAUUUUCUUUGUAAUUUCGGAGCUACAAGAGAUACCUAAUCAGCCAUACCGGCCAUCUAUGGAAGUUACCAAGGGUUGCUGCCGGCAGAUAAAGAAAGGAUUUCAAAGAAACAAUAGCCCUCGGUAUUAUCUUUCCUUCGAUAGAGGCGAGAACGUAGGGGAAUCAGAGUCUGAGGAGCCUCAUGUCGUAGUCCAAAUGGACACCGAAAGCCCCGUACUAUAUCAAAAGACCUGUCUUGACUAUUAUUUCGAUAAGCCCUUACAUGUCACCGGUGAUGUUAGGGUCAUAUUCUACCAGAAAAUGAAAGGAGGGCGUCUCUUCUAUGCCUGCUUCAAUACUGCUUUCAUCAGGAAGAGCUUGCUCCAGUUCUCUUUGCGAGAUUUGGACAAAGUUGCAAGCAAAGGCAGAUCGAUAUGUGGCAAUGCCUUUUGCCUGGAGUUGCUCUUUGGUCCUGCAAAUGCCAAGUCCCCGUUGCUGCCUCUGAGCGAUGAUGAUUUAAGUGACUGACUCCUUUUGAUUUCUCAAAGACAAGUCCACUGGGAGUUACUGCCCCAGUUACUCCAUUCGAAACAUGUCAAUCCUUGACAAGCUUUCUCGAGCUAGUGGCCCUUUCUGAUCAGAGCCUGUGUAGUGCUUCAAAAGGGUUCGACGUGAUUAAUCGGCCUCCUUGCGCACGAGUUUUAAAUGGCCACAAGGCAUAGCAUCAGGAACAAUUUUUGUAUAGUAGAUUUGUUGAAACAUCUCAGAAGAAGCUGAGGAUUCUCUUUCUUAUAUACCUUGCCGUACCUUU